CUCAUUGGUCUUCUUCAUUUGAUUUCGAUAGGUCAAUAAAGUGACCAACUUUUGUUGCUUUUUUCUCAUUCAAUCAAAACCCCUCUGCACUUUUCUCUCUCCUUCUUCUUCAUCUCAAGAAUCUCUGAGUCUUCCUCCUGUAGACAGACAUGGAUGCUGUUUCACCUUUCAGAGCUGUGUGUGGAAGCGCUGCUCAAUACUCCGGGACUAGAAUCGAUCACGGGCUUUCUGGGUUUUGUUCAUUUUCUCAGGAAAACAAAUCAAAACCGAAACUUUCACCUGUUAUGAGCCUAGAUUUGAAGGAACAUCCCAUGUCUUCAAACCAAACACUCACCGCGUUGUCUUCUUCUUCUUCCUAUGUUGUUGUUCCUACAAAGACAUCAUCAAUUGGUAUGAGUAGAGGGAUGAGAUGGUGGGAGAAGUCAACGAAAGACAACAUGUUAGAGAUUCACUCUGCUAACCAUCUCGUUGACUCUUUGCUUAACGCUGGUGAUAGAUUAGUUGUUCUUGAUUUCUACUCUCCCGGUUGUGGUGGCUGCAAAUCUCUCCACCCAAAGAUCUGUCAAUUGGCUGAAACAAACCCAAACGUGAUGUUUCUCAAAGUGAAUCAAGAAGAGCUUAGAACAAUGUGUCAUGGCCUAAACGUCCACGUGCUUCCUUUCUUUAAGUUUUACAGAGGAGCAGAGGGUAAACUGUGUAGUUUCAGCUGCACCAUCGCCACCAUCAAUAAGUUCAAGAAAGCUUUGGACAAGCACGGUAGCGAGAGGUGCAGCCUCGGGCAAGCGAAAGGCUUAGACAGUAAGGAGCUCAUGGCUUUAGCGUCUGUAGGGGAACUGAAAAUGAAUCUGGAUUCCUUAACAGUGGAUCGAGAUGUGUUGUUGCCGUUAUCGUCAGCUAGCAGCUUCUGUUAUGAAACAGAGCAACAGCAUCAGAAGAUGGUGGUAUAAAGAGAUGGGUCUUUUCGCUCUUAUUGAUUUGUAGAUAUGAUUAUUGAUUAGUAUCAUUGUGUUUUUUGCUUAGAAUCUAUGGUUAGUUAUUAUAAUUUAGUAGUAGCCUAGUAACAAUGCCUUGUAACUUCAAAACAUUGAAGCAGUCUGUAUCUUAAGGUUUUGUUUCAAAUCUUUUGUCUUCAAAUUUACAGAAUUAUCUCAAAUUGUUGUUUUCAAUCUA